AUGAGCAGUGAGGUUCAGCACAGCUACCAGCUGCGGUCGCGCAUUCCGCGACCUCGAAGCGCCUUCAUGCUGUUCGCGGAGGAAAAGAGGCGAUCGGUGGCCGAUGAGAACCCAAACGAGAACAACCAGCGCGUGAGCAGCCGCCUGCGCAAGCUGUGGCGUUCUCUCAGCGGCGGCGUCAAGGAGCCGUACCAGCGCAAGGUGGCCGAAGCUGCCAUCGUACACCGAAGAAAUCACCCGGACUACGUCUACAACCCACGUGAGGCCCACCGGCACAAGGCGCAGGAGCGCAGGGCAAGGCGGUUGUUAGCAAGCCCAAGAAUGGCAGUUCCGGGGACCAGGAGCAGCAGCCGAGCAUUUCCACAGCCGUGGCCCAAGAUCGAGGUUUCCCGGAGUUCCAGCAUCCACCACCACCACCGUCGCAAAGGAACGAACCCCGUGGAACCAGCGCUGCCCGUGGCGGCGCUUCGGGUGCUGCUCAGAGAAUGCCGCUCCCUAGGCCGACGGCCACUGUCACAGCCACGGCGUCGGCUCGCUCGGCUGUGCGGCCCUACAACGUGCACCGGUUCACCGGUCCUCUUCAACAGUCACUGCGUUGUAUCCUCGACACUUCUGAACGACGAAGACGACAAAUCGUCAGCGGGCACGUCGUUGUUCGACCAGAGUGGAUUCCUGGAGAACCUGGGCUCUGCAGGCGGUGCCCCAGACGAAGGUCAGCCAUCGUAG